AUGGCUGCCAGUCAAUCAGCCACAGUUGAGCAGCUCAGCGGCUUCGAGAAGCAGUACUCGUUACAGACUGCAGAGGUGAGUUCAUUUCACGAAAUUCCACGUGGCCUUCCCUCAUUUUUUGUGUAUUGCAUACUAUUCAGGCAGAAAUAUAAAUUUGUGCCCCUUUUCGCAAAAGUUAACGUAGAAAUAAACCUUUUUGUUUGUAAUUGAACAAAUACUGUUAGUUUUUUGUAGAUAACUUCAAAAAUUGGCCGCGUUCACACGCUUCCUGCUUCUGAGCGUGCAUCCGCGGUGCAGGACAUUCGAAAGAGUCUGGAAGAGGUCACCGAUCUUCUGGAUCAGAUGGAACUCGUUGUCCGAGAGUUAGAAUCGAAUACGUGUGUUCCAGCUUUUUAGAAACACAACUUUUUCUUUGAACAUUUAGAACUGAGCGCACAAAGUACGAACUCCGUGUUCGCAGCUAUCAAAGCGACAAGAAACAACUAGACACCGAAUUGGAUAAGGCCAUCAAGAGAGUUCGAGAAGAGGCGGAUCGGGAUGAACUUCUGGCGUUCGACGAUCAGCUCGAUGGGCACCGACAAGAAGAUCAGCUGAUCGCUAGCACACAGCGUCUCGAGAGAAGCACACGAAAGAUCCAAGACGCACACCGCAUCGUCGUAGAAACAGAGCAGGUAUCAGAAACUUGUUUCAGAACAGGUUGUACACUCUCAAUUUUUCAGAUUGGCACUGAGAUGCUCUCCAACUUGGCCAGCCAACGUGAGACCAUCGGAAGAUCACGUGAUCGUCUUCGUCAGUCGAACGCGGAUCUCGGAAGAGCCAACAAGACAUUGGGCUCGAUGAUCCGUCGUGCCAUUCAGAAUCGUCUUCUUCUUCUCGUUGUAACUUUCCUGCUAUCCUUCAUGUUCCUCUACAUUGUAUACAAAGCCAUCUAA